AUGAUGUUCAGACCAAAGCCGUUUCCACGAUCAACAUCCCAUCCAAAAAUGCAGGAAGUCACGGGCGAGUUCGAGCAUCCAGUAGUUCGACCAAGAACGAAGAUUUCAUCCGAAAACACCUCAAAAAUUCAUCUAGGCAAUCAGAAAAUGCCACGACGGGUUGUUGAAGAGCUCAAGACAAAAUUCAACAGCAACGAUUUACCAGUCAUGCGAAACUCCAAUCAAUCAAUAAAUAUUCGAAAUGGUUCAUCAACGUUGGCUAACCGAGCCCCACCACAUCCACCGUAUCGCCUUUUCGGUGACACCCUUCUCAGAGAAGGGAAGUCAAGAAGUUUAGACAACCUCGCCGACACCUUCGUCUCCACAAAUCUGCGAGGUGGAGACCAUAUACCGUUGCAUCGAUUCUCACAUGUGGAGCCAUCAAAUCCGUUUGGCACAUUUCAAGGGGACCACUCAAAGAUUGAAGGACUGUGGAAGCCAUCAGUGCGGCGAGUUUCCAGCAUCCGGUUGAACCUCUGA